CGUUUUCUGACGUUUGUUUGUUUUGCUCAAAAAGGAGGUGACUAGUUUUUCAAAAAAUCUAUAGAAUUCUUAAUUUUUUUGCCUGGGAACGCAACCUAUCAUCAUGUCUAAGCGGGAUUUAGAUGAUCUGGAAGAGCUCGACCCGCCAUCAAAGCGGAAAAGUGUUAAAAUUGAUGUUGGGAAGAAACACACCCUUGAUUCCGAUGAGGAGGAGACCGAUGAUGAACAGUACAAUGUUUUGGAUGAAAAUGACAUCGAGGGGGAGGAGGAUGGCACUGCCGGCAUGGAUGGGGAGACCAAAUUGACACCAUUCAACAUGAAAGAGGAAAUGGAAGAGGGUCACUUUGAUCGAGAGGGGCACUAUGUUUGGAAUAAGACCAAGGAGAUCACAGAUAAUUGGCUUGAUAACAUUGAUUGGGUGAAAGUUCAGCAGUCCAAAGAGUCUCAAGGAACUUCUAAGAUUCGCACUCUCGGCGAAGAUUCCAGUGACUCUGAAGCUGAGGAUGGUAGUUCAGGCAAAUUUGACCUCAUUGGCAGCUACAAGAAGAUUCUGGAAUUGAUGCAGCCCCGGGAAACAGUCAAGAAAACCCUCCAGAGACUCGGAAAGGACAGCAAAAUAUCUUCAGCUGAACGGUGGAGGCGCAAAAAGGCUGGGAUUGUGGAUGAGGCCGCUGAGGUAGUCACGAGACUCACUCAUCUCAGCAAUGACAUCCUCACUCGCACAGGAAACAUGAACAUCUACGAAGAGACAUACGAAUUCAUUGAGAAUCGCGUUCGCAAGGCAACUGAACCUGCAGCAUCUGCAGCAAGUGCAGAUGAUGCACUGGACAUGUUUGCUGAUAAUUUUGAUAGCAGCGAAAAACAGCCGGAUCCAGGAGAAAAAGGCAAGAAAGAUACUCAAGAGGAGGAUAAAAAGGAGGAUGAUACACUGAUGUGGCAAUUUAAGUGGAAGCAGGAGGACACAGAACUUCAUGGACCCUUCACCACUGAACAGAUGGCCAAGUGGAAUGAGGAGGGGUACUUCAAGAGUGGAGUUUUUGUGAGGAAAGUGGGAGAAGAUCGAGAAGAUACAAAAUUCUAUACUUCCAAUCGCAUUGAUUUUGAUCUCUAUCUCUAAAUUUUCCAACAAGAAUAUUUCCCGCAUUUUCCAUUUGUAUGUUCUUCUGGGUAAAGAUUGUUCAAUAAAAGUUGCUGUAUUAAUUAUUAAAA